AAUUUCGUAUAUAAUCUGUUCGUUUUAUAGUACAUAGACUAAGGUUAAAAUUUGAAACUUUUUAUUGCCAUUGAUGUAUGUCCUCUUUAAAAUGCUUUUCUUGAGUUUGGCAGCAUUUGUGACUAGAUACUGAAAUCAACAGUUAUGGUUCUUUACCAAGAAUCGUUUUUUAAUACAAUGUGUUAAACAUGAUAAAAAAUCAGGGAGCCGGGGUAAAGAUCAGUUUUCAGUCACAGUACAAUUUGAAAUGAACCAGCUGAAGUAAAAACAAGUGCAGCCACCAGGCCUGCAGUUAACGCAAUUGAAGCUUGAACAGCUGGUAACCAACUGAUUUGAUAAAGUCUUCAUUUGUUUAGUAUUCUUUUCAUCUUUUCUUGGAAAAACAUGUCGGAAGCAGCUCAUGUCAGCUCUUUGCCACUUCCUCCACUCCAAUAUGUCAAUUUAUAUACAGAUGAAAAUAUACAGAAGGGCCGUGCCCCUUCUCCACCAAAAAGUAACAUGGACACUUACACCAUGUUUGGUUCAACGUAUCAUGCAGAUGAUCCCAUCAUACGUCCCCUUGAAAGUCAAGGAAUUCGUCGACUUUAUCCUCAAAAUUAUGAUCAUAAGCGAGAACUGAAAAAACUGAAUCAUUCAAUUUUGGUUAAUUUCUUAGAUAUGCUAGAUAUUUUAAUUCGAUGUCCAGACACAAAUAAGAGAGAGGAGAAAAAAGAAGAUAUCAAUUUGCUAUUUAUUCAUACUCAUCAUUUGAUAAAUGAAUUCCGACCCCAUCAGGCUCGUGAAACUUUAAGAGUAAUGCUAGAUGUUCAAAAGCGGCAACGAAUAGAAACUACUGAAAGGUUUCAAAAACAACUUGAGAAAGUUAUGGAAGUUCUACAGACUACUUUGGCUUCUCUUCCUGAUACUGCGGAUAUGGACAACAAAUUAUUAGUUUCAACUGAAUCCAUAGAAAUGGCUGAGAAAGAGAAACAUUCUGAUGAUAAAGAAGAACAUUGCUAUGGCUUAGAUAGAAUUAUGUGUGAUAUUGUGGAUGCCAUGUGAAUUGGAUAUUUUUUUAUAUUAGAGAAUUCAGUAUUUCUCUCUUAGUAUGGUUCCCAUUAUUUAAAUAGCACCAAAUGUUAAAAACGAAGUUAGGAAUAUACAAGCAAACAUAUUACAAUUAAAGGGUGGGGCAUUCAAAUAUGCCCCACCCUUUAAUUGGCAUCAGUUAAUUCUCUGAAAAAUAAAUAAAUCACAGUGCUGUUAUUAAUGGUAUUCUGGAAGCACUGACUGGUUGUUAUCAUGUAUGUUUUUCUUUCUUCCUUACAGCUAUUCUUGUUGCAUAGCCAAGUGCUUUCUUUGACAUGUAAUUUUAUUUUGUUUAAAAUGUCUCUUUCUUGGAAGAAUACAUAGUUUCUUCCUUCUCUCAUUUUAAUAAUAACAAAGGGAAAUAUGCUAGAAAUGUGACAAUAACAUAAUGCCUUUUCUCAGAACUCUUCUCAUAACAGGGAGGCUAUAAGUAAUCAUGAUUAUGACUGCUAGCCAUUUUUAACACUGAUUAGAAACAUAUGUUGGCAAUUUAUCAAUAAUCUUGGUGCUGUUCAAGUAAUGGAGAUCAUAAUAAUAAAGAAAGACUAAAAAUUUUGAUAUGUUUGCUGUACUGUAUCAGGGACCAACCUGGAUUGUUAAUAAUUUGUAAUAUCUUCUUGUAUAAAUUGUAUACAUAAUAUAUCUGCUUUGGUUUGCAAUGAAUUUAAGAAAGAUGA